CUAAACUGACAAUUUAGAUUUGUCAUUAGUACUCAACUGAAGAAUAAUUUUUCUAAAACAUCAUACUAAAGAAGGUAAAUGGUCAUUUGAGGAGAAAAAUCUGUGUACGACCGCCACAUACAACCUUUCUCCCAUUCUGAUGGGACCACGGGUAGAAACAGAAAGCAGGGAAUACGGAAAACCCUUUUUCUGUAUGUGUGGCCGCACAACCAUGUGGUUCGACUGGUGCAACUGAGUUCGACAGUUUCACCGGUGAACGCACCUCAGUUUCGACAGUUUCACCGGUGUACCUUCGAAUUUUCUGUCAUUGAGUGCCUCCUUUGGGAGCCCGACCAGUUCUUGGCAAGUCGGUCAGAUGAUAAAAAAUUUGUCAUUUUUCCUCUCAGCCCUUUGAGGUGAAGACUUUGAUGUGGUUAAUAGUUAAUGAAGGACCCACCAUUGUUGUACACCAAAUCUCCCUCCUCUAACGAUAUCCACACUUCCCAUCCAAUCCCAUCUCCCACCUUCAAGCCCUCAACCAUUCAUCAAAUUAUUACAAAUCUUAAAAAUAAAAAAUAAAACAGAAGUUUGCAAAUUCUUUGUCUCUGCAAUGCCAGGAACCAUCAAAGUUUCAGUUCUCGAGUUCAUAGACCUUCCUUCUUCCUCAAUAUCCAUCAAGGUUUCUAUGGGGAAAAGAGAGUGCCAAGCUUGGGACAAGGGAGACUUCACCUUCGUAUUGACGUCCCUCCGCGACAAUUUGGUUGUUCUUCUUCAAGAUUCUGAGGGUAAUGAGAUAUCACACGCAGGCGUUGAAGUUAAGUCGAUAGUCGAGAAGGGUAUUUGGGAUGACUUGUUUCCCCUCAGUGGAGGCGGGUUUGUGCGUAUGAAGUUGCAGUUUGUACUCAACGAAGAAGAGCGUAACAGAAUCCGAAUGAUGAGAGAAUCUGCACUGAAAAAGAAACAAGGGGAGUUGAUCAAUAGCAGUCCCAACAGUGUGCAAAGUACUCUGAGUGCUGGGGUGAAUGUUGCAUCAUCCUUCUACCUUCGCGAAGAGAUCUCAGCCACUUCUGCGGAUAAAACUUCAAUAGUAUUAAGAGGCUCACAAUCGGCUGUUGGCGCAACAAAUCAUCCUAAUCUUCAGGAAGAUAGGCCUCGAAACCUCGAGAAGCGGAGUCCGAUCAAGAAAACUCCUAGCAGUGUAAAGAAAAUGAUAAGCGCCUUUGAAAGCGGUUCAGCUGAGGAUAUGAGGCCUCGAAUCAAAUCACCACCAUUACAAGUUCGAUCAAAUAAGAUUAAAACAGGAGCUCUUGUGGAAAGCCAGAACUUAGAAGAACACAAGAAUAUGAUAAGUACAGAAACUGCACAGUCAAUAUCAAAAGCGGUAGAGGAUCCUUUAGGAGACUUGAAUCUUGAUUUAACAUCUGGUGAAAAAAGCGGGCACCAAAUUAGUUUACUUGGAGCUUCGGAUGCGAUUAAAUCUUCACAUCCCACUGGGAUAAAGAAUAAAUUCAAACAAUUAGAUGUGGACCAAGUAGCUGACAUAAAGAAAGGUAACUUUCCCAAAGAUUUCGUUAGACGAUCAGCAUUUGAAAUGGUUCAAGUAUCAGAGAAGAUUCUUGGUAAGCAUAGGCACGAACCUUCUGAUAUGCCGUGUGGAAAGCGACAUUCUGGGCGCAUCAAAGGUAUAGAGGAGAGUCGAGUACAAGUUUCUUCGACAAAUACUCAAAUCACCGACGUUCAAGGAGCUUCAUCUAGUGCUAAUGUAUGUACAUCAGAAGCAAACUUGGAAGAUAGGCACAUUCAAGAAGAUUCCGGUCCCAAUGUAUUAUGCACAUCAGUAGCAAACUGUGAAGAUAGGCACAUUCCCUUUGAGAGCUCCGGUGCCUGGAUUUUUCCAGAUGAAGCGAUACGCUUUUGUGUAACAACUACUGGUAAAAAAAUGAUAGAUUUGCGAGGCUGUUGCAGAGAGAAUCCAAAUAUCCAUCAACGAGAGACAAAUUUUUCACUACCAGAAAAUGUUGAAGAGCAUAACGUGGAUAAAAAAGAGGAGAAUCAAAGAAGAAGAUCAAAGGUUGAGAAUUCAUCAGAGGAGGCUGGAACUUUUGGGGGGCCAGUUGGGCAGGCAAUAAAAGUUGCAAUUAUGAUUGGCUUUGGCACACUUGUUCUCCUUACAAGACAAAGAAAAAACAGUUAAACAGAGAAGACAAUAUAUGAUCAUGCAGGAUGAGUAUUUAUUUUAAUUUCCAGUCCCUGCCAUUUCUGUAAAACUAUGGCAAAAGUUUCUCUGUGAAUAGUGUAUAGCAAGUAAAUGGGGUUUAUAAGGAUAGUAUUAUUCAUAUACCUAUGUUUACUUAUAAACAGUUUUUUAAUUUUUUGUCUUUGAUA